AUGCGUUUGGCUUUUUUGCAAAGAUAUAUCUCUCAAUUCUUCGAAUAUUAUAUUGUAUUGAUUAUUCGUUAUCCAUGGCUAUUUAUUUCAAUACCGAUACUAUUGACAAUUGCGCUUAGCACUGGACUAAAAUAUCAACAGGAUGCUUUCUUGAAAGAUGAACUUAGCCAAUAUGUUCCAAUUAAUGCACAAGCUCGAAGAGAAUUACAACAACUAGAUGAAUUAUUUCAUAUCGAUGAUUUAGAUCCAUUAUAUGCUACCAGAAGAUAUGAUACCAAACGAACCGGAUACAUUAUCGUAAGAAGCAUUGCCAAUAAUGAUGAUGAUGAUGAUAAUGUGCUGAAGCCAAUUGUUCUGGAUACGGUAUUAAAAUUAUGGAAUGUAAUACAAGAGAUUAGAAUUGAAGGACCAAAUAAUACCACUUUCAAUUAUCCAUCCAUUUGUGUCAAAUUUCCAAUUUCACCUGAAUUUGAUGAAAUUAUUGCAAAUAUUUUAAUGCGUAAAUCAUCCAGACUACAAGAAGAAUGUGUAUCAAAUCCACUGAUAACUGCAUUUAAGAUGUUUCUAAAUGGUGAUUUUAAUCCAAAAAAUGACACUAUUGAUCAAGUUAUUUUACAAUUAGUUGCAAAUUCAUUUUCAUCAAAUCUAUUAAAUAGUAUUUGCAAUUUUUUGGGUGGUAUUACUUUUGACGAGAAAAAUCAAAUUUCCGGGGCAAAAGCGAUAAUGCUACCAUAUGCAUUACGACAUUCAACAGUUUUCCAGGAUAAUUUAGCUGAAAAAUGGGAAUUAAAAUUAGCCAAUUUUCUAUCACAAUAUGCUUCAAAUACUAUUAAACCUUCUUUAUGGACUUAUGAAAUUUUAGCUAUAGAAAGCGCUAAUGGUCGUGAUCAAUUGAUUAAAAUGCUAUUCCCAAGUUUCCUAACAUUAUUACUGUAUACAAUUUUAUGUUGUUGUAUACCAUCUUGGAUUUAUUCUCGACCAUGGUUAGCAAUUGGUGGAGUUAUCAGUGCAGCAGCUGCUGUUAUCAGUGGUAUUGGUUUAUUGCUAUUAUUGGGUUAUCAAAUUAUCAGCGUUGCAUAUUUGAUGCCAUUUAUUGUCUUCUCAGUUGGAGUGGACAAUGUAUUUAUCACUUUAUCCGCUUGGCGAUCAACUUCUCUUGCUAAUUCAUUUGUGACACGUAUGAAGAAAGCAUUCACUGAUGCAUCUCUCUCAAUUACCGUAACCACUCUUACCGAUCUUAUUUCAUUUACUGUUGGUUGUUUUGCACCUUUUCAGUCCGUACGGUCAUUUUGUAUGUAUGCUGUAUCAGCUAUUUCUUUCGCAUAUAUUUAUCAAUUAACUUUCUUUUCCGCUGUAUUAGUUUUGACAAGUAAACGUGAAGCUGCCAAGCGGCAUUGCUUAACAUUCCGGAAAACUGUAUCGGCCAGGAAAAAAAGAUCUUCCGGAUUGCAUCUUUUUUCUGAAGUUAUGCCACAUAAAGGUCAUACGCUUUAUUGGUCAACGAUUCGAGAAGAACGGAAAAUGAUGCCAUACCGUAAUCACUUGCUUGCUAACUUUUUCCGUACAACUUACUCUGAUUGGUUAUUCAAACCGUCGAUUCGAUUAAUUAUACUCAUACUUUUCGUUAUUUAUCUCAUGGCAUCAAUUUGGGGUUGUAUGCAUAUGAAAUUAGGCCUCGAACCGAAUGAAUUACUUUCAAUCGAUUCAAAUAGUCAUGAGGCUUUAGCAGUUAUGGAAAAAUACUUCUCUGAUUAUGGAUCAUAUCUACAUGUAUGGAUGUAUAAUUUAUCAGAGAUUAAUUUUUCAAAUCGCCAAAUUUGGGCAAUUCUGGAAGAUGAAAUAGCUCUAUACGAAUAUACCGAAUAUACCGGACCUAGUGAUUCAUGCGAUAUUUUAUUUGACACGACGGGUAAUAUGCUUGAAGUUUCACGUGUCCUCAUUCAGCUACGUCAUAUUGGAGCAAGUAAUCAAUCUCGAGCUAUGCAAAUUUUACGAAAUAUUGCAAAAUCACGUAUCAUUAAAACUGGAUUAUAUGCUGAUUUCUUCCAGUUUGCGGAACAAUACAAUGCAGUACUUCCGGGUACGCUAUCAACGAUAGCAAUUGCUAGUUUUGCUGUUAUUAUUGUUUCUUUAUUGUUAAUACCAAAAAGAAUUACAACAUUUUUGGUUACAUUAAACAUCAUUACGGUAAAUAUGGGUGUCCUGGGUUUCAUGACCUUUUGGAAUGUUCGUCUCGAUUUUAUCUCAAUGAUAACAAUUAUCAUGAGCGUUGGCUUUUGCAUUGAUUUUGCUUCACAUUUAGCAUUUAAUUUUGCAAAGGAUGAAGGGAUAGGCUCUUUUGAGCGAAUGCGUAAUGCUUUAUAUAAUGUUGGUGUUCCAAUAAUACAAUCUGCUAGCAGUACAAUUAUUGGUGUUUCAUUCUUGGCAUUCAUUGAUAGCUGUGUAUUUCGUUCAUUUUUAAAAAUGAUUAUCUUAGUGAUAAUAAUUGGUGCAUUACAUGGUUUAUUAAUACUUCCUAUCUUACUUACGCUAUUCAAUUGUCAUAAUGAAAUCACGUAA